UAAUACGACGGAGCCAAUUAAGCGGCGUGUGAACAAACAAGAGCGCCGAUGUGACGCGGGUUUAAUAAGAGUCUUUACCGCGGGACAGUCGGGGUCAAUAAGAGGCUGCGAUGUAGCAAAUGUUCUCCUUCACGUUGAGGGGAUUAGAGAUUAUUUCCAGAGCAGUGGUGUCGCGUUGUCCGCGGGUUCGCCUUUUAGACCCGUCGGAGUCGAGCGAAGCGAAUUACACGACAAUGGAGAGCUGCUCCUAAACGGCACGGCGCGGUUCACCUACCAGACAGGGGGAGCGCAAGGCGAGAGAUGGAAAUGUCUUGCGAUGCCGGGUGACUGGUAUCAAUGAACGCGUUGUUACACAGAAAAAAAAGAGAGAAACAGAUAAAUAGUUAAUCAAAUAAAGAGCGAUUUAAGAAAUAAAUAAAUAAUACAAUCCGGUGUGAAGCGUGCGGAGCUGUGGGAUAGGGAUCCCGGAGGCGGACGCUCCUAACAGGUCCAGAGCGCACUUUUCUCCCCCUCUUUUCGGCUCAGAAGUGAUCGCAGGUCAAUCAUGUGGGCCGCGCUUCAACAUUCAGACAAGACGAGCUUCACGCAGCGCACGAGUUUCUUUCAGAUAUAAAGUCCGUGCUUCAUGACUGUCUGACGCGCAAUGGUGAUGAAAGGCAGGCUGUGCGUAAAAGUAACGCGCCCUCCACUUUACUACUGCUGACCGGCUGGAUGUGACCAAGCUGAGGACAAGAAGGAAACAAACAAACAAACAAACAAAAACUUUUUUCCCCCCCUUUUUUCCUGCCGAGUCUCUGCUCUAAACUUUCUCGCUCCGCGUUUCCGUGUGGAGUUUGGGCGAAGCUUCAUACAGAUCUCGGGGGAGCUCAGGCUUGAAGUUGUCGUGUGUUCAAACUUUGUGCGCUGGAUUUGCCGGUGAGACCUGCCAUUUUGUGCUCGGAUCGAGCCGCUCAGGAACAUUAUGCUCGGAGGGACGUGAUGAUGAUGAUGGCAUUCAACAACCGAGGGAUUCAACACUUGGGAAACCUCCUCUGACGACCUUCUACAUCUCUUGCUAUCUCACAGAGUAAAGACAUCCCUCUGGUCAUCGCAAAGUGCUGUACACACUUGGUGGCGUGGGUGGAGCCACGGUGUCUUCAUCCUGACAGGCCCCAGACCAGUAUGCAGUUAGAGUGAUCAGGAUGGAAGACUCUAGUUUGUGCCUUGGUGUGUCCUCAGCGGUCCCAGAUGCUGACACCCAUAUCACCAGUGCCAUGCUCAAUGGCCGCUACCCAAUCAGUCAGAAGCUGCAUCAGCUGACUGCUCAACUUGGCCACGCCUUCCCUGACCUCCCAAGUCGCCAACAAAUCCCAGAGGAAAAAGCAGCCACCCCAUUGGAUGAGAAAACUCAUGUUGCACUGGCCAGUCAGCCGAUUAGCAGCCAGAUGGCUCUGCUAGCCAAUCAACUCAACCGUAACAUGGAUGCAAGUGCCCUAGGUGGUCUCAAUGGCCGUGUCGACCUGCAGCAAUUCCUCAACGGGCAGAAUUUGGGAAUCAUGUCUCAGAUGAAUGAUAUAGAAGAUGAUGCCCGCAAGAAUCGCAAGUAUCCAUGCCCACUAUGUGGAAAACGAUUCCGCUUCAACAGCAUCCUUUCCCUGCACAUGCGCACCCACACUGGUGAGAAGCCCUUCAAAUGUCCCUACUGUGAUCACCGAGCAGCCCAGAAGGGUAACCUCAAGAUUCACCUCCGUACCCACAAGUUGGGUAGUCUGGGGAAGGGUCGUGGUCGUGUACGCGAAGAAAACCGUCUUCUUCAUGAGCUUGAAGAGCGUGCCAUCCUACGUGAUAAGCAGAUGAGAAACAGCUUGCUGCAGCCUUCACAAUCGCUUCCACCCCACCUGGGUCUGCAGAACCAAAACCAGCAACAGCCAAGCUCUGCGUGUAGCCUCCUGACACCUACAAGUCUGGGAGGCACGUCGGAAGGGCUUGCACAACCCUCUGCCUCACCUAAGCCAGCAGGCACUAACCAACAAGAUGAACAGGCACUUAACCCAGCCAUAGGUUUCCGUUGUACCUUUUGCAAAGGCAAGUUCAAAAAGCGUGAGGAGCUGGAGCGUCAUAUUCGCAUCCUUCAUAAACCCUACAAGUGCACUCUCUGUGAGUUUGCUGCUUCCCAGGAAGAAGACCUCAUCAGCCAUGUGGAAAAGGCACACAUCACUGCCGAGUCAUGCCAAGGGCAGGGUACAGGAGCUGGCAGUGGAGAGAAGCCUGCCAAUGAGUUUCGAUGUGAUGUCUGUGGCCAGAUCUUCAGCCAGGCUUGGUUCCUGAAGGGUCACAUGCGCAAGCACAAGGACUCCUUUGAGCACUGUUGUCAGAUCUGUGGGCGUCGGUUCAAGGAGCCCUGGUUCCUAAAAAAUCAUAUGAAGGUGCAUCUCAACAAGCUUGCCAUUAAGAGUAAGCCUCCAAUUGGAGGUGGAGCUGAGCAAGAUGGGCCCUCUGUCAACAGUAUAAGCAGCUUAGCACAAGAAGCCCAUGCUAACCUGUACUCACGUUACAUCUCCUGUCUGCAAGGUGGUUUCCUCAGUCCUGAAAAGCAGAGCUUGGCUGAACAACAACACCAAAUGUUGGCCAAGGCUGGCAUAGCUAUGAAAGAGAAAGAAAUGCUGGGAAAGUUGCUGGGACCAAUGGCUGGCAUGAGUCAUGGUCUGGGGGAGAAUGAGAAGCGCUCACUGUUAGGUUGCUUGAAUCUGGUGCCUCCUCUAAAGUCAAGUUGUAUGGAGCGCUUACAGGCAGCAGCAAAGGUGGCAGAAAUGGAUCCACUUAAUAGUUACCAGGCCUGGCAGAUCAUGGCACGCAGCAUGGCCAUGGAGCGUUCUUUCAUGCCAAAAGAUCAGCACCAUGGAGCCCAUGUGCAAGAGGAAGAAAUGGCUAGUGCCGCUGGGAUAGUGCCCUUUGGGAAAGACAAGCAUGAGCACUCUAAUCUUGAUUCCAGUGAUGGCCCCAAGCAGAAGAACCACCCUGAUGCCCUCCAUGGGGUAAGGACCGGUGGAAGCAUAAUGUCCAUGAAGGAAGAAGCUGGGAGCUUUGAUGGUCACCGUGAGUUCCUGCCUCAGCACGGUGGUCUGGGCCUUGGUCAAGGGCUCGAGUACAGCCUGGCCAGCAUGAAAGAGAAGCCCACUGAGUGCCCUGACUGUGGUAGAAUAUUCAGAACCUACCACCAGAUGGUAGUCCACUCUCGGGUGCAUAACAAAGACCGGCGCCCAGAAGAGGGUCUGCAACAUGGCCUAGAUGAGAGACGUGGCUCCGCCAGUGACCCUGAGUCUCAGUCCAUCAGCCGUUCCACCACCCCAGGCUCAUCCAAUGUGACAGAAGAGAGCGGGGCAGGAGGAGGCCACUCCCAGACAGGAAGUGUGCAGGAUGACAGCCCUCAUCCUUCUUCCCCUUCCUCAGAUGUUGGGGAUGAGAUGUCGAAGGCACCAGGAACAGUUCCUCCUCCUGCUACCCAGCACCGAGAGAGGAGUGUGGGAUCCGCCAUGAAAGACUGCCCCUACUGUGGCAAAUCCUUCCGUACCUCCCAUCACCUGAAAGUCCACCUGAGAAUACAUACGGGUGAGAAGCCCUACCGAUGCCCUCAUUGUGACUAUGCUGGCACUCAGUCUGCUUCCCUGAAGUAUCACCUUGAGCGUCACCACCGUGAGCGUCAGAAUGGCAAUGCCUCCUCUGCCAACCACCCUCCAUCCUCCGAUCACAAAGAUGACCACAGCAAGACCAACAGUGGCAGUGGCAUAUUUGCACGACCUGAUGUUCUGCGUGGGGUCUUCAAAGGGAUGAUGCCCUCCAGCCUUGAUUUUAGAGGAGGCCAGAUGCUUACACAGUGGGCCACUCCUGCUAUGCUCUCUCCCAGAGAGAGAGAUCGCGAGAGAGAGCGAGACCGCCAUGGACUAGGGGCAGAGCCCAACUCUGAGAGCAUGAAGGCCCCUGAAGGUCCAGCCACUGGAGGUGAAAGCCCAGCCAGUUUUUCAGACCUGGGACGGGCUUACCAGAGUAUGAUGGGGAAUGGAGUCAACUUUCAGGGCUCUCUCCAGGCCUUCAUGGAUAGUUUUGUGCCGAAUUCCAUGAAGAAGGAGAAGGAAAUACGAGAGAAUCAGCUACAUGGUCAGCACUUUGGCCUGGAGGGAACAGAGCACAAGAUCAAGAGGGCCAAUGAUGCCAACCAGGAAGAGAACCCUUCUGAAACCAAGCCAACUGAGGGCAUCCGCUCCCAGUAUGAGCCUCUGGAUCUGUCAGUCAGGCCUGAUGCAGGAACCCUACCUGGGGCGUCUCUCACCAUCCAGGACAAUGUAGCCUGGCAUGGAUGUCUGUUCUGUUCCUUUACCACUGCCUCUGUGGAGUUGAUGGCUCUUCACCUGCAAGCCAACCACAUGGGUAAAACCAAAUCAGGCCAAGGCAAAGAAGUUAAAGAACACCUACUGGGUGAAUCUUCCCACAUUGGCAGCUCUGGUCUGGCACCUCCUCCAGGCCUUCUCCAUCUGCAUGAGGGCCUUAAAGAUCGAGAGGCUGAAUCUGGAGACUUGAAGAACCAAGUUGGUUGGUCCAACCACCUGGAGCCGAACCCACAUGGAGCCUCUAUGGGAACCUUCUCAAGCGACUUUUACAAGUCCUUUAGCCCAAUGUAUGAUAGCUCCUCCAGGGGUCCUGCUGGAUUCUUGGACCAGCAAGAAAAUCCGGCCAGUCAGUUGGGUGGUCAGGAUGAGCUCUGUGACAAAGCAUCAUGUGUUGAAAUGGAGGCAUGUGAGGAGCGGGAAGGUCAGUCAGAAGAUGAUGAAGCAGCCCACGAAGAACAGUCAUCUAAUCCUGCUUCUGCGGAGCACCAGGCGCACUCUGAUGAUGAAGAAGCAGAAGAAGAAGAAGAUAUGGAGGUGAGAGACAUGGAAGACGAAGACCAUGGGACCAUCAGAAUGCAUCCUGACUCCCCCUUGUCUAGGAAGGAUGCUCAGCGAGCAAAGGUAUCCAUGGGUGUCCAGGGACGUGGUCCAUCUCCACCCCAGCCACCCACCCUAGAGAAACAGUGGCAGCAGCCGGGUCUGAGUCUCAUUUCUCCAGCCAAUGGUCCCCCAGGCCUGCUGAAGCCCGAGCAGGCUCACCUGGAGCACCAGAUGAACAUGCUGUCAGUCCUACGGGCCUACAGUUCUGAGAGCCUAGCAGCAUUCAACGGAGGCCUGUCCAGCAGCUCCAAUGGAGGAGGUGGUGGAAGCAGCUCCAGCAUGAAGAGAACCGACCCCUCUGGUCAGAGGCCAUUCCAGUGUCAGUACUGCCCAUAUAGUGCCUCACAGAAGGGUAACCUAAAGACCCACGUACUGUGUGUCCACCGCAUGCCCUUUGACAACAGCCAGUAUCCAGAUCGACGCUUCAAACGCUCACGGAUCGAGUCUGAUGCAUCUGGCAACAUUGAGGAAGGAAACCUUCCCUUGUCUGGCCAGGUGGGAAGAACAGGGGAAGGGUUUGCUUUUGCGAUUGACAUGGCCCAAACUUCAUCCAGGGAUUCCGAGAAGCUGUAGAGCCUUGUAGCGUCAUCGAUACCCAAUGAGUUGGUGAACAGUUAUUCCUUUUUCACAAUGGAGAGAGAAGCAGAAAAGUGGACUGCUACAAAUCUAGUGACUAAACCUGAUUUUCAGCCACAGCAGGCAUUGUAGUGAUCAGGUGUGCGAUGAAUAUGAAGCAUGCUCAUAAAGAGUGAACAGGCAGUCUUACGAAGAUUAGAAAUCAUAAAUCAUCGCCUGAACAAUCUGUAGCAUUACUGUAGUUACAUGGAAUGAUAUUACAAAGGAUUGGUCAAGAAGAAGAAGAAGAAGAAGGACAGUCACUGAAUCCAGUCACUUAAAAUGACUUCUGUCCCAAAAAUAAUGCUUUUAUCAGAAAAAUGAUCCGCGUGAACGAUUUGGUGAUAGUCAAAGAGGGAGGAGAGAUGGAAGAGGGCUGCCGCGCACACCCUUCAUGAACAUGACACCACCAGUGGCCAUUUGCCCAGCGCCACUGAAGAGGGCGGAUGGAGGCAGUGGACGGAAAGAGCAGGGGGGUGGAUGGAGAGAUGAGGGGAGGAGAUGACGGGAGGUGGGGGCCUUGGUGCCAGUCUGACUGGAGCUGUCAUUGCAGAGGAAAUCAAUUCACCUCCUCCACCAUUGCCCCAACACACACACACACACACACACACACACACACACACACACACACACACACUGUACUCGUCAUUUAGGGUUGGCCCCAGAACUGCCCAACAACCCUCCCAGCUCCCUAUCCUUCCUCCAUCCCUCCCUCCCUCGCAGAAAAAUCAAGAUGACCACCAACAGGAGAAAAAAAAAAAAUCAAUGAAAUGUAUUUACAGGCCCCAUUAGAGUCAGAGGUGUGUUAUUUGUGCAGUUACAGUGUGUCAUUUGUUCAAGUAUCACAUUUGAGGCGAGGGCGGUGAAUGUGCUUUUCUUAACUUUAUUCUUUGUUAGAUGACGAAAUGUGUCAGUUUCAUCAGCUUCACUACAGAAGCGAUGAAGUACAGAUCUAAAGCAAAGCAGCCUUCAUGUAACACACUCUGUGUAGCUUUAGCAAAAAGUUGAAUGUUUAAAAAAAAAAAAAAUGUAUCCUAUAUUUUGAGUUAGACCUGGAAAUCUGAUGGAGUAAUCACACUCUAAAACCUUUGUAGACUUCCUAGCUUGUGAAGCAGUAUGGAAGACGUGAUAAUGUAGAUAUGAAGUGUACAGAUAAUUAUAUUUCGCUGUUCAAGUGAUUGAGUGACCUUUUUCCUCCUCCUUUUUCUCUACAUUGAAAGUGUUUUGUACAUUUUAGAUGAUACAUUUCUGUCCUCCCCCAGAAACAGUCCCAUUUUCUUCAUAUUUUUUAAUGCACUUAUUUUCGUUUUGAAUGUUCCUCUAUGAAAAAAAAAGAAAAGAAAAAAAAAAGAUUACUCACACAUGGACAAAAUCAAGCCUCUUACAGAGUAAAAUAAAGUGGAUCAACUUUCAUCCUACUUCCUUUUGUUAAAGCCAAGCAGGGGUAAGGAGGUAAAAAGAACGUGGGGCUUUUUUUUUAUUGCCUGGGUACAAACUGGCGGGAUGGAGGGGAGGGAUAUUAAUGUUUUGUGAUAAAGAGAAAUGAUCCCGACUUUAAGAAAGUCGAUAUCUUCCCGCUCUGAGAGGGAACUCUCGACACUUAAACCCCUGGGCCUUAAGGCUGCUUCACAUCUGCCGAAAGGAGUUUACUAAACUCGCAAAUACCCAACACACUCUGCGCUAAUCAGCAGACAAAACUGAAACCCAUACCAGGCGCCAGAGGAGCUUCAUCUCGGGGCUAAGAUAAAAAAAAGAGAAAAAGAGGGACAGUAAAGAAAAGGAAGAGUAAGCGUUUCUGUAAUGACGGAGUACAGACUGAGAAUCUAUCUGUAACUGUUCCCUGCAGAGAUUCUCUAAUUAACAUCUUUUGGCCAUUAAGGAAAAACAUACUUUUUUUUUUUUUUUAAUUUCUAUUCUGUUUCUAGGAUAGUUCUCACUGCCUUACUUAAAUCAAGUUGAUCAAUUAUACGUGACUGUUUCUAUAAGCUCUAUCCAGGGCAAUGUGUUUUACAUAAAAUAUAUACUUUAUCAACGUAGUGAGCUUUAGAAGUUUUUGUGCACUACUGUUUUUUUUUUUUUUUGGUGAUUGUGUCAGUUGCUUGCCCUCUCUCUCUCUCUCUCUCUCUCUCUCUCUCUCUCUCUCUCUCUCUCUCUCUUGCUCUUCUUUUUUGGUGUGUGUGUAUGUGUGUGUUUGUGUUUAAAUGUGUGUGCUUGCCAUAUAUUGCAGUACAUAAGCAGGGAAAAAAAAAAAAAAAAGUUAAAAAAAAAACAACAUUAAUAAGACAUUCCAAUCCCAGCACCUUUUUUUUUCUUUGCUUUGUGUCAUUUGGAUGAUCAUGGUCAAACUUAGAGACCGGCAAUAAUAUUAUUUGUGACACUGGAAGAUCAUUUUCUCUGUAUAGUGCUUGUCCACUCUGUAUAGUCAGGUGCUAACAUGUCCCCCGUCCCCUCAGGAAGACGUUCCUUCUUUCCUAUCGUCUUUCCCUGAGACUAUAUAACUGCUCUUCGACAAGUCACCAAUACAGCCAUGUGCAUAUUUAAAAUCUAUACAAAAAAAUAUUGUGCUUCUUGGGAUGUCUGUUUUCUUUCUCUAUACUGUUCUAUAGUAUGUGCCCCUGGUCAUUAUUCUGUCCAACAUUCCUAAAUGAAGAAUAUUUCUAUAUCCAAGGAGGACAUGAUGAGUGUAGAGGAUUUUGUUGCUGUUAUAUGCUCAUAACACGUAGAUGAGUUUGUAUUUAAGGAGUCAUCUUGGUUAUUAUUUAUUAUCAUGGAUCUGAAUGGAGAAGAAGCAAGCUAUGAUGAAGUAUUGGGUUUUUAUUUCAGCUGUGACUGUUUUCUUUCUGCUGUCCUUUAGCAGUUCUAAUGUCUUUGAAGCAGUAUAGUUUUAUCCAGUGUUUUACGCAAUAAAACCUCUACCUC